AUGGCUACCGCCAAACCUCUCGUCUGUGUCGUCGGCGCAACUGGAGUCACGGGCAAGAGCAUUGUCGAUGGCCUCCUCAAAUCCGCCAAAUUUAGCGUCGUUGCGUUCACCCGCUCUUCGUCCUCUCCAAAGCCCGACGUGGAAACCAUGCGCGCCAAGGGUGUCGAGAUACGACACGCCGACCUCCUAGACGGCGUCGAGAAGCUUAAGACCGCGCUCGAGGGUAUCGACAUUGUCAUCAGCGCCGUCACUGCGCUCUCCAUCCUCGACCAGAAGGACCUCGUUCGCGCCGCCAAAGAAGUCGGCGUCAAGCGCUUCAUCCCCUGCGACUUUGGCACUCCUGGGGCCAAGGGCGUCCGCAUGCUCCUCGACGACAAACUCAAGAUACAUGAGCUGGUCGAGUCCCUCGAUGUGCCUCACACCUACAUCGACGUCGGAUGGUGGAUGCAAGUGUAUAUCCCACUCCCGGCACGCAGCGCGGCGUCUCCACAGCUCAAGGCUCUCGCCAACAUCGUCUGCGGCGCCGGGGACGCCAAACUGCUCGUCACGAACCUCCACCACAUCGGCGACUGGGUCGCUCGGAUCGUCGACGACCCGCGCACGCUGAACCGGUCCGUGAUGGUGUGGGAGGACGAGGUGACGCAGAUGGAGGCGCUCGCCAUCGCAGGUUCCAUUUCUGGGGAAGGCGCGGCGUUCGAGGCGUCCAGGACCUCGAUCGACCGUGAGACGUUUGAGAAGAUGGCUUUUGAUGCCGCGGCGGCGAUCGCGGCGGAUCCGUCCGACUUUGCGAACCACAUCACGCAAUCGUGGGCGGAGUACGUGAUCAGCACGCAGUUCCUGCGGGAGAACACGCUCGAGAACGCGAAGGCGCUUGGGUACCUCGAUGCGCAGGAGUUGUACCCUGAUGCGCCGUCACAGUCGCUCGAGGAAUUUGCAAAGGAGUUCUACGCGCUGGAAGAUCCUGGCCUUGCGAUCGCGCGGUAA